AAAAGAAGAAAUGUCGUGGAAUUGGAACAGUCAUGGCCUGCCUUUUUUGCCUGGAUACAGCUUUCAGGAUGUAACAAAGCCAGCUUUUCACCGGCCUCAGACACUGGGGUAUAAAAAUGGCUAUGCUCUACCUCGCCGGCCCACCAUAGGCAUCGGACAGAGUCCCCUCCUAUCUGCUCAACUCAGACUACAGGAGCUCAACCAGCUACCCUUACAAGAACAUGAGGCCUCCUACGACACCUACGACAUUAGCCAGUGUGAGGACUUUAUCCCUGCCCAUGUGGCACUGGACAAGAAGGUGCUCCGUUUCUAUGCGUACUUCACAGAGGAUGUCUUGUACUCUCCAGAAGAGCACUACCGUAUUCGUUCUGUGGUCAUUCACUACUUCCUGGAGGAUGACACCAUGUGCAUCAUAGAGCCAGCCGUGGAGAAUUCUGGGAUACCGCAGGGCAAACGCAUCAAGCGCCAGCGGCUGCCUAAGAACGAGUUUGGAGAGUACUACACUUGGAUUGACUUGAAUGUGGCUAUGGACAUGGAGGUGUACGGAGUCAAGUACCGCAUCAUAGACUGUGACUCUUUUACUAAGGAGUUCCUGGCCAGUGAAGGCAUUAUUCUAAAUGUUCCAGAGUCCAUGCCCUCAGACCCAUACACCACACACCGCACGAAACCCAUACCGUGCUUCACCAUGCCCUCCAAGUGUGACCCAGCCAACAAGUUCCUCACCAUGGACCGCAAGGUGCUGCGUUUCUUCGGGCUGUGGGAUGACUCUCAGUCUCUUUUUGGAGACACGCACCCGGUCACCAUUCACUACUACCUGGUGGACGACACUGUGGAGGUCAGAGAGGUGCAAGAGUCCAACAGCGGACGAGACCCUUUCCCCAUCCUCAUGCGGAGACAGCGGCUGCCCAAGAAGACCAAAACACACAUAAGUAGCUUUCCCACCUGUGUCCUGGAGGUGUCCAAAGAUGAGGUAGAGGAAUACUACUCUCCACGGGACUUCCAGCUGGGGCAGAAGAUAACCAUGCUGGGGAGAUGCUUUCUCCUGUGUGACUGCGAUGACUUCACCCAACAGUACUACCAGAGCCACUACCCCGACAUGGAGCUUAAUCCAGUGGAAAUGACUCGCCAAGAACCUCAGCCAGCAGACAAGAAGAAGGAGGUGCCCCCGUAUAAUGGCUUUGGGACCCUCGAGGACUCUCUGCAGAACUGCCUGAGCCUUGUCCCAGUGCCUCCCAAAAAGAACCUAGUCAAACAGCUGGAAAACAACAACAAAGUGCUGCGCUACCGGGCCAAAUUGGAAUCUCAGUUUGAAGUAGACGAGGACCGUACAUUUGUCCUGUCCUAUUAUCUGGCCAAUGACAUGAUCAGCAUCUAUGAGAAGUCCUCCCGGAACAGUGGGAUCAUUGGAGGGAAGUUCCUGGAAAAGACACGCAUCCCCAAACCUGAUUCCAGCACAGAGAAUCCACAAUUCUAUUCCCCCACAGACUUUGCUAUCGGCUCCACAGUGGAGGUGUUCGGCCAUCGCUUUGUGCUGACCGAUGCUGACCGCUACGUGUUAACUUACCUGGAGUCCAUCCAGAGCCAGGUGCCUACAGAGAUCCUCAACUCUCUAAGGAGGAGGUUUGGACUGGACACAUACACCAUAGAGAAACACGGUGAAGAUGCCGUGGUUGAACCCUCAUCUCUGAAUUGA